AUGUGCAUAACUGCUCACUUUAUUGACAAUGAUUGGAAGUUGCAUAAGAGAAUCAUUAGUUUUUGUCCCAUUUCAAGUCAUAAAGGUGAAGCACUAGGUAGAGCAAUUGAGACUUGCUUGCUAGAGUGGGGGUUAGAUAAAGUGUUCACUAUUACAGUUGAUAAUGCUAGUUCUAAUGAUGUGGCCAUAUCUUAUUUGAAAAAGAAGCUUGCUAAUUGGGGCGUUAGUGUUGCUAACUCUACUUACUUGCAUAUGAGAUGUAUGGCACAUAUCAUCAAUUUAGUUGUCCAGGAUGGCUUAAAAGAUGUGAAUGAUUCAGUGAUGAAAGUACGAGAUGCAGUAAGAUAUAUCAGGAGUUCUCCAGCUAGGUUGAAGAGAUUUAAGGAGUGUGUGCUUCAUGAAAAAAUUGAAAGAAAAUCUUCAUUAUGUUUAGAUGUGCCAACUAGAUGGAAUUCAACGUAUCUGAUGUUGAAUACAACUCAAAAAUAUGAAAGGGCAUUUGAGAGGUACGAGUCACAAGAUCCCAUGUUUAAGAUUGAUAUGGGAGAGAAUGGCAUACCUGACUAUUAUGAUUGGACACAAGUUAGGAAGAUGGCAGAUAUAUUGGCUCAUUUUUAUGAGCUCACUUUGCGUAUCUCGGGCUCUAGGUAUGUCACAUCAAACCUAUUUUUCAGUGAGGUUAGUGACUUAGCCUUUAUUUUAAACCAAUGGAUUAAUAGCAAUGAUCUUCAUAUGAAAUCUAUGGGGGAAAGAAUGAGGGUUAAAUUUGACAAGUAUUGGGGAGAUGUGCACAAAAUGAAUAAAAUUAUCUAUUUUGCUGUUGUUCUUGACCACCCUCGUGAUAAAUUUGAGUUUAUGGAGUAUUCUUUCUCCCAAAUGUAUGGUAAGGAGAAAGGUGUAGAGCUAUUCAAUAAGCAUCACUACAAGAAGCAGAAGUUGGAGGAAUCUGGUGGGUUUGAUUCAAAAACAGAGUUAGAAGUGUAUCUAAGUGAGGCAAUUCAAGAGGAAAAGGAGGACUUUGAUGUCAUGAAAUAG